ACUAUAGCGAAGCGAGCGCAGCUGAAGACCGUGAUAUUGCGAUCGGGGGCGUGCGUGGCCUACAUACAGCCAGUCGCGCCAAGGUCGGCCUGACCUUCAGCUUGGUCACUCAUGGCGCUCUAUUAUACAGAUGGAGGCCCUACAGACGGCAGCCCCCAAGAUGGCAACCCUAAGGAUGGUGCCUCCAAGGAUGGCACCUCGAAAGAUGGCAAGCCUCGGCCACCACCAGUUGAUAUUGCUGCAGCACAAAAUGCGGGUGGCGAGGGUGGCAUCAAGACGCCCACAGUCUCCUCUCAGACCCCACGGACCCCAGGCACUUCACGAUAUGAUACCUUUAGGGAUAAAGAGAGGAAGAUCGGCCACAGGAGAGUGGGAGAAGGAGGCAUCGUUACAUACAAAAAAAUUGGGACUUCACAACUUAUGGCAUCAAUCCAGCUGGGUAUCCAACAAGCAGUGGGGAGCCUGGCAAGCAAGCCUGAUCUGGAUGUUUUAAUCCAGGAUUUUUAUGUUGUAGAAACUAUUUUUUUUCCUUCUGUUGGUUCUCAGUCAACACCAGCUCAUCAGUUUUCUGAGUUUAGAUUCAAAGUGUAUGCACCCAUAGCAUUUAGACAUUUUAGAGAUCUGUUUAAAAUUCAACCAGAAGACUAUCUUGUUUCAUUGUGCAGCGAGCCUCUUCGGGAACUAAGUAAUCCUGGGGCGAGUGGCAGCAUAUUUUAUUUAACAAAUGAUGAUGAGUUUAUCAUCAAGACAGUGCAGCACAAGGAGGCAGAGUUCCUUCAAAAGUUAUUGCCAGGCUAUUAUAUGAAUCUGAACCAGAAUCCUAGAACAUUAUUACCAAAGUUUUUUGGGCUCUAUAAUUAUCAGUGUAAUGCCAAGAAUAUUAGGUUGAUAACAAUGAACAACUUACUUCCGUCAUCAAUAAAGAUGCAUCAGAAAUAUGAUCUAAAAGGUUCUACGUACAAAAGAAAGGCUAGUAAGUAUGAACGAAGCAAAGAAUCCCCAACAUUUAAGGACUUGGACUUUAUGGAGCACCAUCCAGAAGGUAUUCUACUAGAGGCAGAAACCUACAAAGCUCUCGUAAAUACCAUUGCAAGAGACUGCAGAGUAUUAACAUCUUUCAAGAUUAUGGAUUACUCCUUAUUAGUGGGCAUUCACAAUUUAGAUCUUGCAGCCAGAAAGAAGGCACAAGACAAAGAGAAAAAAUUAAAUGGCGGAGAUGGUGGGCCAGCAGACGACGGGAGUGGAGAGGCGGAAGGAGAGGGCACUGGCUUGACCCGAUCCCGCUCAAUCAAUCGACACAAACUUGUGGCCCACUCAACUGCCAUGGAAUCCAUCCAAGCAGAUUCUGAUCCUAUAGAUGAGGAGGACCAUGUCCCGCCUGGAGGUAUUCCAGCGAGAAAUGCAAAAGGAGAACGACUGUUGCUCUUCCUUGGUAUCAUUGAUAUUCUGCAGAGUUAUCGACUGAAAAAGAAAUUAGAGCACACAUUCAAGUCAAUGAUCCAUGAUGGGGACACGAUAUCAGUACAUCGACCAAACUUUUAUGCACAGAGGUUUCUGAAGUUUAUGGAAACCACAGUCUUCAAAAAGAUUCCAUCACCUUUGAGACACUCCCCAUCUCGGCGGAGAGGUACUUCCAUGCGUAUCAUGCGCCCAGUAUCCCAGGCUGAUCCUGAUCAUCCUGCAGAUGGUCACGACAGUCAUGAAGGAGCAGUUGUUGGGAGAGUACCAGGUGGUAGUGUUAGUGCUGAGGAGCAACAAGGUGGAAGUGGUGCUGAAUCUGCCUCUGCACUAGCUGUGGGAGCAAGUGCAUCUGCCUCUGCUACUGCUCCAUCAUCUGUUAGUGGAACAGUCACUUCUGGUGCAGCAGGCAUACAGGCAACAGCUGGGGGAGGAUCUGCUGCUGCAUCAGUGGUUGGAUCAGGCACCCCUUCAACACCAGUAAACCUCCCAGCAGUGUUGCAGGACCGACCCCACUCAGGCCGUGGCCGUGUGCCCCCUCCAGUACCCCCACGAUCGCCAAGGGGUGGCGGCUCUGGCCAACCAUCCUCUGCCUCCUCUUCAUUCUCAUUAACUCGAGGUAGUGGCCGCGGUGUAGUGACUGUAAGCGCAGGAGGGGCUGGAGCAGCUCACCCCCCAGUAGGCUCCCACCCUCCACCUCCAGCCUCAGGUGUUGGGGCAACAGGCAGCACCGUUGUGACCACGUCCUCUCCACGAGUACAAGUACGGUCAUCCCAUACGCACGUUACGACAGUAGCCAUCCAGGAGGACAGAACUGAUGUUGUAAGAACUGGUCAAAAGUUGCGCUUUAAGGGCCUUGACGAAGACCCAAAAAGUGUCACAGAUCCUGUGCUUGUUAGCUAUAAGGCAAUAAAGUCCUCCAGUCUAAGCGUGAGUGACGUGCACCUGGAACCUCGAGCUGACUCACGAUCAACGCUGAGUGUGGAUUCUAGUGUGGGGCCUGCAUCCAUGGUCCGUACCCUCACCUGGACUCCCCCGCUCUCUGUAGAGGGUAGCACCCCUACCUGGACCGAGGGAACCCCCAGCUUUACAGAGUCCUCCUCUAGUGGAGAUUUAGGGUGUCCCACUACUCCAGUACGCAGUCUUAACACCACCCAGGAAUCCACAGACAACCUCAACUUCCAAGAAACUGAAAUGUGAGCUUACACCAGGCUUCCUUGAUACAGUAAUACAUCAAGGCUUAGGUGUUGGUGACUAGCUUUUACCUACCUUUUGGGCAACAUCGUCUUUACUUCCUCUCUUCCCUCUCUCUUGUUGUCUUCUUAUGCUGUUUUGUGGUUUUACACAUGUGUAAGAGCAUGUAUGUAUAGAUCCCAGUGGCCUGAAUUCUGUUGUUAAAUGGAGAAACUUGCUUUGAUGAACAGAAUGGAAUUUAAGCUGAUGCUUUUUAUGAAUGAUUUUACUCAUCAGUGCAAUAAACUUGUUACCAUUGUUGUUGAAUAAGAGACUUUCGUUUUGUUAUCUGUAUCCCAUCAAACAUUCUGAAGAAUUCACACCACUGUAGCUCAUGUGUGACUUGUCUGUUGUAGCUUUAGGAACUGGUGAAUAGGCAUAGCUAGGAAAAAAGUGUUUGUAAUUAAAAGAAAUGAGCAAAAGUAUACAUAUUAAGAAGGUAUAUUCUUUUAAACCUUCAGAAACUAAAUUUUGAUUUCCAGGUAAAAUGCAGUGUUUAGAUAAAUAUUAUGACAGGUAUAUAUUUAUCUGUGAAUAGAAACUGAUUACCUUUUUUAUUCCUUUUCAAUUACUGGUAUUAUCAGUCUUAGUAACAAAGUGUUUUGUAUCUAAUAUUUAAUUUGAUAAUAAUGAAUUACAAAGAAAAUAGUGACCAAACCUCGUUAUCUACUUUACCAGUAUUAUUGAAGCUGAACUAAUUUUGUAGCUCUAUGAGUUACUGAUUAUUAGUAUUUGAUCAAUUUUAGGAAUUAAUUAUUUAAAGGUGUUUGAUUCAUUAUAACUGUGCUUUGUGUCAUUUUUAUUUAUAUAUUUUUAUGACAUUUGGUUAUUGAUAACCUUAUCUUUGAUAUAUAAAAUCUUUUAUUAGUGAGAUUAUAAUUUUUAUUUUUAUUAUUAUUGUUGUUGUUGUUGUUAAUUAUUAUACCUGUUAGAAGCUUCUGUGAUGCUAUGACUUGCAUGUGUAAGUACGAUCAUUACUUUCUGAAGAUAUUGAAAAUGCAACCCAAUAAAUUUGUGGCCACAUAGAUAAGACAAAGUUUCAAUUCAACUUGAACAUUUUUAGUGCAAGGGAUUGGGAAGAAAGGGGAAAUAGAAUAACGGUUGGUAAAGGCAGGGCAAUAAUGGACAUUUUGUUAUUUUAUAUAGGAUUAAAUUUGAAGGUAAUAGAAAAGAGGUUCAGCUGCAACUUCCUCACUUAUAAGUCCUCUCUAUGUUUUCCUCUUGAACCUACUAAAUCUGCCUCGUUAUUUUCUAUCCUUUUCUCUUUUUAUGCAUGUAAAAGGCCUUACAAGAUGAAUUGAAAUAUUGUCAACUCUUCAGCAUACAUGUCUUCUUGCUCCAAGUGUCUUUUAUUAUUUUGUCACCGCUAUGUGAAUAGACUUGCCUUAAAAUCAUUUUUGAGAUUGCAAAGUAAAUCCAACUUCUGAUUUAUUCUCCAGAAAUAAAUAAUAAAAGGAUAGGAAUUCUCCAAAGCAAAUGCAAUAAAUUGUGACCUUCUUCAACAAUCAGAUGAUUAUCAUUUUGGUAAUACCGUUUACUGGAGAAUGCAAGAUAUCUCGUAUUUAGAUGCAGGUAUCUUAGUUUCUGUGUACUGUUGCUUAUGGUGUAUGGUAAUUAAUGAUAUAUAUUUUUUUUUCUUUCUUUUUCUUUUUUAUUUUUUCCAUUUUAAGAAGAAAAAGAAGAAGAAGAUGAAGAAGAAGAAACAUGAGAUUUGCAAGUCUCCCUUCCAUUACAGCCUUUAAGAUAAAUGUUUCCAUAUGCUUAUUUGUAUAUCAUUAUAGCAGUAGAAUGUGUCUUGUAAUUGUGAAAAGAUGAGACAGUGAUUACGCAAGAUGGGAUUCUGUAUGUUGCACAUACACUAGUAGAUUAUGCAAAGGAACAUUACCGGUAAUACCAGUUAGUCUUGCUUUAAAUUGUAAAUGCUUAAGAGAAUGAUCUCUUUUAGGUGUAAUCAAUUUUAUACGGCAUUAAGUUUUUGCUUUCUUUCCUUCUUUCUCUCUUUCUUUUCUUUCUUUCUUUCUUUUUUGCAGUUAGUUAAUUUAGAAAAGGAACUUGUUUUCACUUAAAAAAAUAGGAUUUUCAUUGCUGUGCAUGAGCUUUCACUAUACGGUUCUAUGUAACCAUUAUAUAGGUUGGUAAAUUUUACCUCUGUACACACACACAUACACACAAACACUCUUACUCUCUCUCUCUCAUUCUCUCUUCCUUUUCUUUUCUUUUCUCUUCUGAAGUACUCUUAGCACUGCCCACCAACUAACAUGUUCCCCUUCCCCCCUUUCAUAUUCAUUUAAGAAUAUGUAUAUUUAUGUGAUUGUUUUAUAUAUUUAUUGAUUUUUUUAUCUAUUUAUUUUCUUUAUUUUUUUUCUUUAUUUUUUUCUUUAUUUUUUUUCUUUAUUUUUUUUCCUCUCUUUUAAGAGUGUUCCAUUAACUAGCCCCUGUUGAAUUAUGCAUAAUGAAAAACGUAAUUUUAUGCUUAGAGUGUCAUAUAACUGUUUAUGGCAUAUAUCAUACUAGGAUUUUAAAAGGAAAAUAUGGUAUGCAGAGUUGAAAGAAUUUUUUAAGGACUGCAUUCAAUUAAUUGUAGGUUCUUUCUGUAUACUGAUUAUUUGCUCUAUAGGAUUUAAUAGAAGCUACUUCAUAAAUUUUAUUGAAUGCUCUUUGAUAUUCUUUCAAAGAUCAUAGCAGUAAUGUAGCAGGAACGAGUAUGAUGAUUUUAUACAUGUUAUUUGUUGAUAUGCCUUACAGGUGUUCCACAAUCAGAAUUAUAUUAGAAUCCUUGCAUUUAUUUAGUUUGUAAACCAGGUGAAGUCAGCUGAACAGAAUGACAGAUUGUAGUUGGCUUAUUAAUAGUACCCUGUUCACUGCCUCGGAAAUACUCUGGAGCCUCUACUGCUUGUACAAGACUUUGUAUACCACUUCAUUUGAUGUUUUAUCAAAGUGACCAAAUUUGUGUAAAUUACACAUUAUUUCAGUAACAUACAGAUCCCAUCUUUUCGUAAAUGGUUGUUGACUGCCAGCUUAACAAUAGAAUUACAGUGUUUAAAACUGAUCUAGCAUUCAGUGUAAUGUAUCACAGCUGUGUUCUCAUACAUACAUAUCCUUGUUGAAUAGGAUAAUAAUGAUUAAGAUAAGUAAUAACUUCUCAAGCCUUUGUUAUAAUGAUCACAUUUUAUUGCUCUCAUCUGUGUUGUAUGAACCUGUAGUAAACUUUAACUUUAUCAUCCAGUGAUGUAUAGCUUCCUGUCACCUUGGUAAGAAAUGUAAUAUCUGGACAGUCAGGUGUCUUGUAUGUUAAGACUUGUAGAAUAUUGUAAAUACACCAUUACACAGUCUGUUUUUAGAAAUAAUUUUUAUAACAUUUCUCAUUUGUAAUAAUUGAUAUUAAAUUGAUAUCAUAUUUUUAGGAAAAAAUUAUCAUUUCUGUGGAUUUUUAUUCACUGAUUGCCAAGUUAAAUGUGAUUUGUUGAACUGGACCAACAUAGUCUCAAUGUAUGUCCAAAUUUGUUAAAAUUAUGGUAAUAAAGUUGGUAUGUAUAUUUCA